AGUUCAUGUGGCAUGAUUUUAUUGGCAUGGCACAUGCGGCACACCCAAACGCACGCCAGAGGAUCCGCACGGGUGUAACCUAACUCCAUAAAUAUAAAAAAAAAGCAUUUCACCUUGCCGACUCUUAUUUGUUUUCCCCUUUCCUUUUUCUUUUUAAUUAUUCCAAGGAAGACGAACAGUUUCUACUUCUAUUUUUUUCAUUUUAGUUCGUCUUCAAAUUGAUUUACAGAAAUGACUUUCGUGCCUUCUCCACCGUUACAUGAUGAGGUAUAUGUUGAAGAUGAGGAAGAUAUGGAGGAUGAUGAGAUGUCUGGUGAAGAACAAGAGGAUUAUGAAACGUCUGUUGAAGAUCAGGAGUAUGCCGAUGAGAUGUUUGUUGAAAGUUCUCAACCAAAUGAAGUCUCACCAGCAGAAGCCAUUGUUGUUACAGUGGAAAAUCAGGCUUCCAAAUUUACCUGGAGGAUUGAGAAUUUCUCUAGGCUGAGCCCUAAAAAAUAUUUCUCUGAUGUGUUCACCACUGAUGAUUGUAAAUGGUGUGUGCUGAUGUUUCACAAGGGAAACAAUAACGCAGAUUACUUGUCGAUGUACCUUGCUGUUGCCGAGGCGGAUGAUUUGCCAUUAGGGUGGAGUAGGAGUGCACAGUUCUGUUUGUCAGUCGUCAAUCAAAUCAAUAGCGAGGACACGGUGAGAAAUUUUACACAGCUACACAAAUUUACUGUAAAACAAAAUGAUUGGGGUUCUACAACCUUCAUGCCUCUUCGUGAACUCAACGACCCUAGUAGAGGGUAUCUCGUAAAUGAUACUUGUAUUAUUGAAGCAGAGGUUAAGAUCAUGCCUGACGAUUGGACAUAUGAUUCUCAAAAAGAAACGGGUUAUGUUGGUCUUAAGAAUCAGGGAGCAACAUGUUAUAUGAACUCGCUUCUCCAGACUUUAUAUCACAUUCCUUAUUUCAGGAAGGCAGUAUACCAUAUGCCAACCGAGAAUGAUUUGGCAUUUGGAGGAAGCAUCCCUUUGGCUCUACAAACUUUGUUUUAUAAGCUUCAGUACAGUAAAGAUAGAGUCGGAACAAAGCAGCUCACCAAAUCUUUCGGAUGGAAUACCCUCGAAUCUUUCAUGCAACAUGAUGUGCAGGAACUUAAUAGGGUUCUUUGUGAAAAGCUUGAAGAUAAAAUGAAGGGGACUGCUGUGGAGGGUACAAUUCAACAUUUGUUCGAAGGUCACCAUAUCAAUUACAUUGAAUGCAUCAAUGUGGACUACAAAUCUACUAGAAAGGAGUCAUUUUAUGACCUUCAACUUGAUGUCAAAGGCUGUCAGGAUGUUUAUGCUUCUUUUGACAAGUAUGUGGAAGUAGAGCAUCUUGAAGGCGAUAACAAGUAUCAAGCUGGUCAAGAACAUGGUUUACAAGAUGCAAAGAAGGGUGUCCUUUUUAUUGACUUCCCACCUGUUCUCCAGCUCCAGCUAAAACGGUAUGAAUAUGAUUUUACGCGGGACAGUAUGGUAAAGAUAAAUGAUCGGUAUGAAUUCCCCCUGGAACUCGAUCUUGACAGGGAGGAUGGCAAAUACUUAUCUCCGGCUGCUGAUAAGAGUGUGCGCAAUCUUUACACACUUCAUGCUGUUUUGGUUCACAGUGGUGGGGGACACGGUGGACACUACUAUGCCUUUAUAAGACCAACAGUCUCUGAGCAAUGGUUCAAAUUCAAUGAUGAGCUGGUAACAAAAGAAGAUAUCAAGCACGUAUUAGAGGAGCAAUAUGGUGGGGAGGGAAGAUAUUCAAAUGCAUAUAUGCUUGUGUAUAUACGUGAAAGUAAUAGAGAUGAAAUUAUUUGUAACGUGGAUGAGAAGGACAUUGCAGAACAGCUGAGGAUUAGAUUGAAAAAAGAACAAGAAGAAAAGGAGCAUAAGAAGAAGGAAGAAGCAGAGGCUCACCUGUAUGCUACUAUAAAGGUUGCUCGAGACAAGGACCUUUCCGAACAGAUUGGGAAAGAUAUAUAUUUUGAUCUUGUUGAUCACGAUAAAGUUCGCAGUUUUCGUGUCCAGAAACAAAUACCUUUUAAUCUCUUCAAGGAGGAGGUUGCUAAAGAGUUUGGUGUACCUCUGCAAUACCAGCGUUUUUGGCUAUGGUCAAGGCGUGCAAAUGAUACCUUUCGUCCAGUACGACCGUUAGCGCUUGAGGAGGAGACACAAUCUAUUGAGCAAUUGAGAGAAGUUUCAAAUAAGUUGGCUCGCAAUACGGUAUGGAAUUACCAACUCCAAGACUUAAAGCUGUUCCUGGAAAUAGAGCUCGGGCCGGAAUCACAUCCCGUUCCUCCUCCUUGUCAUAGAAUCAAAGAAGAUAUUCUUCUUUUUUUCAAGCUUUAUGAUGCUGAAAAGGAAGAAAUUCGGUAUGUGGGGAGACUCAUUGUGAAUGUUAAGGGUAAGCCUUUGGAAAUUCUUAAAGAGCUUAAUGAGAUGGCAGGAUUCUCAGUAGAUGAGGAAAUAGAACUUUAUGAGGAAUUAUCCUUUGUGCCCACUGCUAAGUGCAAACACAUAGACAAAAACCUCACAUUCCGCGAUAGCUGGCUCUUAGACGGGGACAUUAUUUGCUUACAGAAAUCUGCUUCUGCUGAUAGUAUGCCAAUAUACCGCCGUCUUGAUGUUCCUUCUUUUAUGAGAGAUGUUAGUAACCGUCAGGUUGUGCAUUUUCGAUCUGUGGAGAAGCCAAUGGAAGAUGAUUUUUGUUUAGAGCUGUCAAAGGUGUUAACAUAUGACUCUGUCACUGAAAGAGUAGCUAGCCAUCUUGGUUUGGAUGACCCAACUAAGAUCAGACUUUUCCAUCACGACUGUUACUCCCCGCAAGCUAAACCCCAAGCUAUUAGGUACCAAGGUUUUGACCACUUGUCUGAGGUGUUGAUUCAGUUCAAUCGGACAACUGAUGUUUUGUAUUAUGAAGUCUUGGACAUCCCUUUACCAGAAUUUGAAGGUUUGAAAACUCUAGAGGUUGCAUUCCGUCAUCCAACAAAAAAAGAUAUGGUCGUUUAUAGUAUUAGACUUCCAAAACAAACUACAGUUGGUGACCUGCUUAAUGAUCUGAGGACAAAGGUUGAGCUGUCUCACCCCAAUGCGGAACUUAGAUUGCUGGAAGUUUCUUUUCACAAGAUUCGUAAGAUUUUUCCACUGGAUGAAAAGAUUAUGCAUAUUGUUGAUUACUGGGGGGACGCGUUACGGGCAGAGGAGAUUCCAGAGGAGGAGAAGAACUUGGGUCCUCAAGAUCGCUUGAUUCAUGUUUAUCACUUCACAAAAGAAGCAUAUGGGGUAAAUAAAUUUGGGGAACCGUUUUUCUUGGCCAUCCAUGAAGGAGAGACUUUAGAUGCAGUCAAAUUGCGCAUACAGAAGAAAUUACAGGUUCCUAACGAGGAAUUCGCUAAGUGGAAGUUUGCAUAUUUGACAUGGAGGGAUCAACCUGAGUACCUUGAGGACUCAGAUAUAGUGUCCAGAUGUUUUCAGAGAAGAGAUUAUUGUUUUGCAGCUGGAGAGCAGUACCUUGGCUUGGAGCAUUCUGAUUGUUCCCCAAAAAGAGCAUUUGCAGCCAGUCAAAAUCUACAAAUAGCCGGGUAAAGGAAAAGAAACAGGACAUGAUUCAUUCUUACCAAGUAGAUACUCAAUUAAUUUUCAUCUAAUUUUUAUUUACUACUACUUCAAGAUGUAAUUUCAAAUUACUUCAAGGUACAAUCAGUAUAUCUCUCCAGGUUAUAUAAUUUGAGUUCUGUCU